GUACUAUUGCAUAAGAUACCAUUUGCCAAAGCAUCCGAAUUUGUAACAGUAAAAUAAAUAACCCCCAAGCGAAUACUGUACUUUUUUACUUUCCUCCGCGUUUUCUGCGAUCCGUUACAGAUUCCUCUCUCCUCCUUCUCAUUCGGCCCUUUUCUCUCUGCUUGCCGGAAGAAUGGCGACGGCGAUGAGAAUCGUUUUGGGGCUCCUCACAUUUGUCACUCUCGGAAUGAUUAUCGGAGCUCUGGUGCAAUUGGCAUAUAUCCGGAAAUUGGAAGAUACAUAUGGGACAGAACCCACUUUAAGGGGAUUACGUGGAAUUCAACAUGGUGUAAAUCCUUUGGCAAAAGGAAUUUCACAUUUGGCUUAUGACAAAGAAGCUGUAAUACUACGUCUUGGAUAUGUAAAACCUGAAGUAGUAAGCUGGUCACCAAGAAUAAUCGUGUUUCACAACUUUUUAAGUACAGAGGAAUGUGACUAUCUUAGAGGUAUUGCCAAGCCCCGCCUUAAGGUUUCCACAGUGGUGGAUGCAAAAACUGGAAAGGGAAUGAAGAGUGAUGUCAGAACAAGUUCUGGUACCUUUUUGAGUCCUGAUGAGAGGUCAUACCCUAUAAUACAGGCAAUCGAAAAACGCAUAUCUGUUUAUUCUCAAGUACCAGUUCAAAAUGGGGAGCUCAUUCAAGUUUUAAGGUAUCAAAAGAGUGAGCUCUACAGACCACAUCAUGACUACUUUGCUGAUCAAUUUAACAUAAAGGCGGGAGGUCAACGAAUAGCAACAAUGCUUAUGUAUUUAAGUGACAAUGUUGAAGGUGGAGAAACAUACUUUCCAAUGGCUGGUAGCAAUGAAUGUAGCUGUGGUGGGAAAACGGUUAAAGGGUUGUGUGUAAAACCAACUAAAGGAAGUGCUGUGCUGUUCUGGAGCAUGGGGCUCGAUGGAGAAUCAGACCCAAAUAGCCUACACGGAGGAUGUGAGGUUCUGUCAGGAGAGAAGUGGUCUGCCACAAAAUGGAUGAGAGAGAGAGCUAUUUCCUGAUGCUGCUGUACUGUACAUACCAUCUUUUACAUCUUAAAACGAUUAAUCUCGUUUUUCCUUGCACCCCUCUAAUUAUUUAGUUUUACUUUAGAUGACAUUUUUUUUUUCUAUACAUGAAUACAUGAUGAUAGCAAUCACCUGAACUUCAUUUAAUUUUGAUACCAGUGAUUGCCAAUUGUCUUUAGGGCAGAAAGAAAAAGUAAAGAAAUGCGACUUACAAAUACAAGUACUUUUGGUAUAAAGGGAUAUGGUCAAAUAAAGGGAAGAUAGUGAUAUGGCAUUGUUAUCUAAUGUAUUUAUCAAAUCAAAGUAUCAAACUCAAGUACUUUUCAUGUUGGGUGAUUUUAAUCUUGGGAUGCACAGUAGUUUGAGGUUGGAUACUUGGAAACUGGAUUUCUAACAUUAUUUUGUGUUCUCCUUUGGUAGUAUAGUUCAAGUUUGUAAUUAUUUUGCUUUUGAUUUUUUAAAAAAAAAAUCUAUUUCGACU